AUCUCAUCAUCAAGCAGUCCAAGGCUACAAGCACAUCUCUAUACAACAGUGUCACACUCUUCGUGCUCUCCGCCCCCAACAAUAUAUAUCUCUCUUCUUGUUUUUGUCGAAGCCUUUGCUUUAGAUCUAAACUCUCUGCUCCAUCCUAUCGUUUCUGCUCAAUACAAUGGCUUCUGUCACAGCUUCUUCAGUUUCUUUCGCCUUUCUCUCAGCCCCCACUAAGCAAAGCCAGGGACUUGCCCGUGGUUUAGUUUCACUUCCUGUCAAAGCAAAGUCCUUUGGGCCACUCAAGCUGCGCAAUGCACCACUUCGCUUCAGAGUGUCAUGUGCUGCUAAACCCGAGACAGUGGAGAAGGUGUGUGAAAUUGUGAAGAAACAAUUGGCCCUACCACCUACUACUGAAGUUUCAGGAGAAUCAAAGUUUGCAGCACUUGGGGCUGAUUCUCUUGAUACGGUUGAGAUUGUGAUGGGACUAGAGGAGGAAUUUGGGAUCAGCGUGGAAGAAGAAAGUGCUCAGACCAUUGCCACCGUUCAAGAUGCAGCGGAUCUGAUUGAGAAGCUUUGCGAGAAAAAGGAGUAAAGAAAAAUGCUUAAAAUAAUUUGAUGAAAAUUCUGCCCAAUAGGUUUAUAAAAAGAGACUUGUGUUUUCUUGAGAUUGUUCAUCGAUGUAUUAUCACCUUCAGGAGUAGCUGUUAUGUACUCUGUUCUUCGUCUAGGGAAGUUAUGUGAAAAAGGCUUUGUGACAUCUUCUGUUGUGAUAUUUUCUAUAAUUUUCAUGUGAUACUUUUUGUUGGAGUUUAAUUAAAUUGUGUCGGGGUAA